AUGUGGACAACAACCGCCGAUACGCAGCCCCUGGCAGCCAAAGCGAUAGCUGGUGUGUUGGUCCUUCUUUCGAUCUUGGUGUCAGUACGACUGGUGUUCCGCACGGUACGCAGCACGAUCCAGCUGGUGUUCUGGCUCAUUCGAUGGGGUCUGAUCUUGUUUGUCGUCCUGUGGGCCUGGCUUUGGUGGCGUCGUGAUACGGACGUAGAUACGCAUCUCUCGCUCCUCACACAAAUGACGCAAGGUACUUCUGCUGCUGUGCUGGGCCUCGUAUGGCGAGCUGCUCAACGCCCAGAUUUGUGGCAGCCCAUGGCACAGCAUGUAGCAGACGCAUGGCAAGCGUCGUCACGCCGAAAGCCGAAGCGACGUACGCCCAGGUCGGCACGUACGUCGUCCAAGAAGGGCAAGACGGAUACGUGGACGGAGCUGGCGGAGGCGCUGGGCUGGGACGAUCUCGUGGCGAUGUUGCAAGAUCCAGCGCCCAAAUCGAAGAAGAAGUGGAAGACACCUUCGUCGCCCUUUGGCUACCACGCUGGGGUCUAA